GAAAGAUAAAAGAAUAUCAGAGAGUAGUACAAAAUAAGCAAUGUUUCUUUGUUAACAUUUGCUCGAAUGUGUUUGAUGAUGCCAAUAUUUCUGGAUACCUUCUUACUAAUGAAGUUAAUGAGAGAUGUCCAAGACAGCCUUGAAUUAAAAUAAACUGCAAAGAAUUUGUGUUCUUAAAGGCUGGCUAUUUCAACGCCAUGCAAAUAUUAACAGUGGCAGAAGUGCCUUUUUUUGGAUACAUUUAUGUGCAUGCAUUUUGUUUUACUAAUAUUAAGGGACAAGUAGUUAGCUGUCAGCCAAUCGGAAAUUUUAUGCAACUGUACAGACAUAGUGGAUACAGCCUCGGUGCUUGUAGGCGCAUAAGUGCAGACACUUGUAUCAUCAGCAAGUAAUGUAAAAUCCAGAAUACCUGAUGAUACUGUGAUGUGAUUAAUGUACAAUAAAUAUAAUAUAGGACCAAGAAUGGAGCCCUGGGGAACACCAGAAUUUACCUUUUGGUCUUUAGACAUAUUUCCCUCAAAGUAAACUGACUGGGAUCGCCCAGAUAGAUAGCUUACGAACCAUUGAGUGCUGUGAGCUCCGAACCCAUAGAAUUCGAGUUUCUGUAGAAGGAUUUUGUGGUUGACAGUGUCAAAAGCUUUUGACAGGUCAAGGAAAGACACGACAGAAUGUUAUUUGGCGUCUUUGUUAACUAUGAGGUAGUUGUAUAGAGUGCUCGCGGCGUGGGUAAUAGAGUGCCCAGUUCUAAAACCAAAAAAUUGCUUCGGUGAAAUGAUGUCAUUGGCUGUCAGAAAAUCAUUCAUCAUGUUUACAACUAUUUUUUCCAUUAUUUUAUUCAGACUAGGUAAUACCGAGAUAAGACAGUAGUUUGUGAUGUCAUUGGCGUCACUAAAUUUAAAGAUAGGGGUAAUUUUGGCAGACCUCAACGAAGACGGCAGACAACCCGACAUAAGGGACAAAUUAACUAUAUGUACAAGAUUGGACGGACCAAUUCAACAUGGAUGUCUCAUCAAUAACGACAAUCAGUGUUCUGGUCGUCAUGGUUACAGUAUCCAUAGGGACACCCCAGAAUUUUGCCUUUCAUUACCAGCCUCAAAACUCUUCGCUAAAACCCUGGAUAUGUGAGAAACUAUGUGCAUGUGAUUUUGACAACAGUUCGGGAUACUAUUCUGGUAACUGUUCACAUAGGCAAUUGGGAAAACUGCCAGGCAAUUUAUCGUCAAACUUUGUGCAUCUUGAUUUCAGCUAUAAUCAGAUACAGAGCAUCUCUGCGGAGGCCUUCCUUGACCUCAGCACCCUGCUAACACUUGACCUGUCAUCCAAUCAUCUCAGUGAUUUGUCCGAGAAGGCUUUCACGGGGCUGUACAGUCUCACCGACCUUCGUUUAGAUGGCAAUAAAUUGCUACUUCGACUGGACAAGCCACCAUUUGAACCUCUCAUUUUUGCAGACUUGCACAACCUGCAGUCGCUACAUAUUAACAACAACAGUUUAAGCUGUGGGGAUGAAUCGUGUGGUUAUCCCGAUUCAGCCCUGGGACACCUCACUAACUUACAACGCUUGUACAUGGACGGUGUCCCAAACACAGCCUUUGGCCCCGGAUUCCGAAAUCUCACCCACCUUCAUACGCUGGACAUUGGUAAUGAAAAUGGCAAUUGUGACCUGCCCACCCUGUACAAUGACACCUUCACUAACCUCGAGCCAGCCAACCUGAUAUACCUUAGGAUACAACACUGCGACGUCGCCACCAUAGAACCAGAGGCUUUCCGACCCCUCACGAAUAUUCACACAAUUGACCUUACAUGGCACCAUCUGACUUUUGCCAAACUGAGAAUCGGACUAACGGGAUUGUCCAGAUCCCCUAUCAAGGUCCUUAGGCUCAUUCAUUUAGAGCACCCAGGCACAGAGCUUAUGCUGCCUGAACGCACUUUCGAGGCUUUGAAAAACACGACAUUAUCUGAACUGAUUUUCACAAACAAUGGGGUUGCCCAAAUUGAAGAUAAGUUUCUCCUGUAUCUGCCCAGGUCGCUAGAAAACCUUGAUCUCUCCCAUAAUUACAUGGUGGUGGGAGGAGCAGAUUGGCUAACCUUCAUCGUUCUGAUGAAAAAUCUACGCAGUUUCAAUGGCAGUUACCAAGCCAGUGGACUGCAACGCGAUCAGCUGUCACUUCCAUUUUUGUUCCAUGAACAUGGAAUUGUUCACCCAGCAAUUCAAGGCAAUGCUAGUGCAGGCAGAAGAACAGCCGACGUUGUCACAGCACCUCCAAAUCUCCAGUACAUCUACUUACAAAACAACUACCUGAACAUACGCAAUGUUCCGCCCUUGAAUUUUACACAAAACAACAUACGCUACGCAGAUUUUUCUCGAAACAAAAUGGAGUUUGCAGGGCCGCUGUAUGGGCUUCAUAGACUGGAAUAUUUUGACCUAUCAUAUGCUGAAAGCAAGACUUUACACACCGACUUCUUUUCAGACAUGCCCAGCCUAAAGGAACUAUUUCUUCAGAACAACAACCUGAAAUGUCUGGGGCAGGACACCAAGGGCGUAACAUUUUCUGCAAACGGUAAACUGAAAACCUUGGAUCUAAGUGGCAACGGCAUUGAAACAUUAGCCGAGUCUAUCUUCAGUCAACAGUACCAACUUCAAUCCCUCCUACUGCAUACCAACUAUUUAACUCAGUGGCAGGUCAGAAUAGGUCACAUGACCAACCUGACCUUUCUUGACCUGGGCAGAAACCGUCUGAGUACCCUUGACUCCUCGGCUCGCAACGAUAUGGACAACAUUUUACAGCAUCGCGUUCUUCAGAUUAAUCUGCGCGGAAAUCCUCUAAGGUGCUCGUGUGAUAAUCUCCAGUUUUUAAAAUGGCUGGCCAAGCAGCAGGAGUUCUUCAUAGAUCUAAAGAGUUACUCUUGUCAGAUCAGUGACAAAACCAAUGCGUCUUUGUCAACCUUGCCAGAGCUAAUUCACAGGUUGGAGCUGAAGUGCGUGUCCAACACUAUCCUGAUCGUGUCCUCAGUCUCGCUGGCCGGCUUGCUUGUCAUCCUCACACUGGCAGGAUUUGUCUACCGCUACAGGUGGCACGUGCGUUUCUUCAAGAACAGGCUGGCACUUCGCCUGAAACUCUACCAGCCCUUACUGAACGAAGACACUGCUACAAGCUACAAUGCAUUUCUCUCCUACGAAGAUGGACAGCAUCAGUUUAUUGUGAAUACUGUGUACCCAAAACUGGAGUUACAGCUUGGGUUUCAGCUGUGUAUUCACACCAGGGACUUUACACCAGGUUCACCUAUCGCUGCAAACAUUUACCGUGCAGUGCACUACAGCAAGAGAACAUUAACCUUCCUGACGAAGGCGUAUUUUGAGAGCGAGUGGUGUGUGUAUGAGCUAGAGAUGGCGUACCUGGAGAGCGUCCACACAGGGCGUCAGAUCCUUGUACCUGUCCUCAUGGAGCAGGUAGACUUCACAACUCUCCCCGAGGACUUAAAGACCAUACUUAAAUCUCUGACAUACCUUGAUUAUACAAACAUGGACGAAGAUCAGUUCUUUCACAAAGUCGCUGAGAUAUUACAAACAUCGGAAAAUGACUGGUCUUGUUGAGCACAUGUAGUACAGUUUCUAUCUUAUUUUUCGGGACAAGAUUCAGUAUCCUAAUGCUAAAUUAAACUUGAACUUUGGUAUAAUAAAUGUUGCCUGUGUGUUCAUUG